UGCUCGAUCGCUCCGUUUGUCGCCUCCAUGCCGGCGCUGCAAACAAUCAAAGAUAAAUCGAUCGUUAGAGGGGGCUAUAAUUAAAUGAAGAUAAUACCGGUCGUCUUCAUUCAAGCCUGUUCGUUGAUCGGCAUGCCCCUCAUGAUGGCCCAUCGGGCAUUCGUCACCACGAUUGAUGUUCAACUGACCAGUUAUCAGAGAUUUGAGAUACCAUCCGUGCCGAGAUUUUUCGACCUGCGAAAACCUCGUAGUUUGAAGUUCAUAACGUUCGCGAAAGUCGAUCCAGCGAUACAUCUGGACAAUCGCUACAGGCUAAUGAGAAACGAACCGAUGUUAGACGCCGACGGUAAGGAAACCGAUCGGAUUGGAGACGACUGUUAAUCGAGAGAGAAACAAGCAUCGAUAAAAUCGGGGGAAGAGAAAAAAGUAACAAACUUAAAAAUGUGUUUUAAUUAUUGCAUAUUGUAACAAUAAUGGCACUCGGCGAUGAUAAUUGAUGACGGGGAGAGAAAUUCGUUAAGUCAAUAAAUAAAGCGAGAUUUAACACACAUUGAGAUGUCAUUCAUUCUGCGCACAUCGAAUAUUAUUUGUGGAAGACGUCAAUCGAACGCGGUAUCAUGCGAGUCGUCUCUUUGACUACCGGGUUUGUUUAUGAAUCGAUCCGUCCCUACCCCUCCGCGCCUCGCCGUGCCGCUCGAUGAAGAUACGAUGCAAAAAUACUGCAUACCACUUCCAGGAUGUUACGG